UUGGAGGCCCCGGAGUGGCCCCGGCCGUCCCCGCAGGAGGGCAGGAUCUCGGAGGCCAUUGGCUGGCGCGCUGGCUGCGGAGGGGCGGGGAGCGCCGCCAAAGGGACUGUUUGCUCCUACGGGCUGUAGAUGGAGCUGUCCGGCCCCGGCGAGGGGGAAGGCGCCUGGAAAACGUUCUUCUUCUCCCUGGCCGGCCCGAGCGGGGAACAGCACUCCCAGGAUGCAGUUUGUGUCAACACGGCCGCAGCCUCAGCAGCUGGGCAUCCAGGGCCUGGGGCUGGACAGCGGGAGCUGGAGCUGGGCCCAGGCUCUGCCCCCGGAGGAGGUCUGCCACCAAGAGCCGGCACUGCGCGGGGAAAUGGCCGAGGGAAUGCCGCCCAUGCAGGCUCAAGAAUGGGACAUGGACGCCCGGCGGCCAAUGCCUUUUCAGUUCCCGCCCUUCCCAGAUAGGGCCCCCGUGUUCCCUGACCGCAUGAUGAGAGAGCCCCAGCUGCCCACAGCAGAGAUCUCACUCUGGACCGUGGUGGCCGCCAUUCAGGCGGUGGAGAGGAAGGUGGAUGCCCAGGCCAGCCAGCUGCUGAAUCUGGAGGGACGGACGGGGACAGCCGAGAAGAAGCUGGCCGACUGCGAGAAGACAGCCGUGGAGUUCGGGAACCACAUGGAGAGCAAGUGGGCUGUGCUGGGGACCCUGCUGCAGGAGUACGGGCUGCUGCAGAGGCGGCUGGAGAACAUGGAGAACCUGCUGAGAAACAGGAACUUCUGGGUCCUGCGGCUGCCCCCAGGCAGUAAGGGGGAGGUCCCCAAGGUGCCGGUGACUUUUGUCGACAUUGCUGUUUACUUCUCUGAGGACGAGUGGAAGAACUUGGACGAAUGGCAGAAGGAGCUUUACAACAACCUUGUUAAGGAGAACUACAAAACCCUGAUGUCCCUGGACUCAGAGAGUCCAGUGCCCAAGCCAGAUGCUCCAUCCCAGGUUGAGCCCAGGGAAGAGCCUUGCGUAUGGGAGCAACGUGAUCCAGAAGAGAGAGAAAUCCUAAUGGAUCCGGACACAGGAGCAGAGCCCCUGGUGCCUGCACAGGACGCGUCCUCUCAGGUGAAGCGGGAGGAAACCCUGUGUGUCCGGGGUCAGCGGGGCCUGGAGGAGAGAGCCAUCCCCACGGAGUCCAUCACUGACUCGCCAGCCUCUGCCCAGGACCUCUUGUCUCGGAUUAAACAGGAGGAGCACCCGUGCGUGUGGGAUCAGCAGGAUCUGGCAGAGAGGGAGAUUCCAACGGACCCCAAUUCAGAGUCUCUGAUCUCAGCACACGACAUUUUGUCAUGGAUCAAGCAGGAGGAGCAGCCGUACCCGUGGGGCCCACGUGACUCAAUGGAAGGAGAGCUCGGAUUAGAUUCUGGCCCUGGUGAGAGCCUGCUGAUGGUGAAGAACCCGCCCCCGGCCCCGCCGCAGCCCCAGCCUGCUCCGCAGAGCCUGCCCCCGCUCCCGGCGGCCGACAACCCGGGCGGUCCCCCGAGCCGGGGCUGCGGCAGCUGUUGCCCGGGCGGCCUGCGGCGGAGCCUCCUGCUGCACGGCGCGCGCAGCAAGCCCUACUCGUGCCCCGAGUGCGGCAAGAGCUUCGGCGUGCGCAAGAGCCUCAUCAUCCACCACCGCAGCCACACCAAGGAGCGGCCGUACGAGUGCGCCGAGUGCGAGAAGAGCUUCAACUGCCACUCGGGCCUCAUCCGCCACCAGAUGACGCACCGCGGCGAGCGGCCCUACAAGUGCUCCGAGUGCGAGAAGACCUACAGCCGCAAGGAGCACCUGCAGAACCACCAGCGGCUGCACACGGGCGAGCGGCCCUUCCAGUGCGCGCUCUGCGGGAAGAGCUUCAUCCGCAAGCAGAACCUGCUCAAGCACCAGCGCAUCCACACGGGCGAGCGGCCCUACACGUGCGGCGAGUGCGGCAAGAGCUUCCGCUACAAGGAGUCUCUCAAGGACCACCUGCGCGUGCACAGCGCUGGCCCGGGCCUCGGCGCCCCGCGGCCCCCCCAGGCGCCGCCCGAGCGAGACUAGGGCUGGGCUGGGGGAGGGGAGGGCCCGGCGGCAGGAGCAGGGGUGGUGGGCCUGGGGACGUCCUGAUCAUCCACCAUGCUGCCCGUGGUUCUCCCCCUCCCUCUGCCCGCCACCUGCUGGAAAUCGG